CCAGUUACACUCCUUUUACAACCCGAACAGAGGAUUAUUGUUGAGGCCGACUUUAUAAAGGGUCCGAUGCCCGGAUAGGUCAGGCUCCCGGAUGGAGGUGCAGAGACAGAAUCUAGAGAAAGGAACAGCGAGUCUUCAAAAAACAAAGAUCGUUCCGAAUAACUAACACUCCGCUGUUUCACGCUGAUCUCUCUUCCGCGGCUUAUUUUCAGAGAGCUCACAGCGACCUUUGUCCUUCACCGUCACUGGGGCGUCGAGUCUGACAGGAAAAUGGCGACAUGAAGGUGAUCAGUAAACGGAACAGCCAAGGCCACGAACCAGACCGAACCCAGCUGCCCGCCGCGAAUCUCCCUGGACUGUUCCAGGUUGCAGAUGGAUGAGCUGAGGGAAAUGUAAGGUUGACAUUGAGCAGAAUUCGGGAUUUUAGAUUGAAGUCUGUGUUAGAACUAUUGUCUUUGAACGAGAGUGCGAUUCAGUGCAAGAACUGCGGCGGUGAACAGGAUGUGGAAAGUAUGUGCUGACGAGUUUAAAGUCCUGUUCGUCGAUGUGAUAAGGAAAUACUGAUUACCCAGAGAGUGUCCGCUUUCCCGUGAAAGUGCGCACCGCUGACUUACUCGGCCUGACUGGAUCGAGAAGCCGGAGUUCAGCAGAAGGUAAAGACACAGAAUAUCCUGGGCAACAUUAUGGUAUUCUUCCAACGGAAUCUGCCAACACGGGACUCCUGUGGUGUCGUGGAGUGAGUUGAUCAAAAAAUGGAAUUGUGACAAAAUAACUGACAGAGCGGCAGAAUCCGUGAACACCGGUCACCACCAUGGCUGAAGGUGCAGACAGGGGAGGAGAUCCAGUGACAACAAAAAUAAGGAAGGACAAGGGUCCAAAGUCUACACUCUCUGAGCUCCUGACACAGUGGGACGAUUACCAACUGUUCCAGCUCGGAAAAUUCUACCGGAAUAGACUGACAGAGGCGAUUGAAGAACGGGUUGAAGGACUCAGUCAAUUGUUGAGGAACGAGGGGCAUUUCAGUGGAUGUGAACAUGAGAAAGUCUCUCAGCUCGUGGAGAAGGGACGCCGGACAGAUGGUUCCAAGCUCUUCCUCAAUCUGGUGAUGGAGAAAGGCUCCCAGACCCGGAGGGUGAUGUGGGAGUGCUUUGUGGAAAUGAGGCAGGAGUUACCAAAGUUGGACAAAAUACUGAAAGAAAUCCAGGAGUUCGGUCCCGGUCCAAAAGAAUAUAUUAACAUCGCCCGAGGUUUAACUGAACUACCCAAGGAACUGAAAGAUGUUCAACAGAAACACAAGAGGACUCUGCGGCAACAGACUGAAACACUGAGAGUGAACACCAUCCUGUUGAGGGAGAAGGUGAAGGUUUUCCAGCUGGUUGAUCGAUACGCUGAGAUCACGGUCAUUUCCACUGUUCGAGAUCGGACACUUGUGGAACACGAAUUGCUGGCAAGAGGCCGGGACCACGAGAAGUGGAGAAAGGAACAUCUCCGUGGAAAGAUGCAGAAACUCCGGACUGCUCAGUUGUUCCAGGGCAGACUUACCUGGAGUAAAUCCAAAUCUGGUAUCUCGGCAGCAGUGGCCGGAGUCCCGGGGAUCGGGAAAACAACCAUGGUGCAAAAGAUUGUUUAUGACUGGGCCACGGGGAAAAUAUACCAACAAUUUCAAUUUGUCUUCAGCUUUAAGUUCCGAGAUUUAAACACGAUUAAUUGCACAAUUAACCUGUGGAAUCUAAUAGUAUUUUUUUAUCCUUACCUGAGGAAUGUUCUGGAAAAGCUGUGGAAGAACGCAGAGAAGUUGCUGUUUAUAUUCGAUGGUUUAGAUGAAUUCAAGUACAAAAUCGAUUUUGGUGACUGUCGGAGAGACACAGAACCUCAGCACAUGUGCACAGACCCUGAUUUCCGGUGUAAGGUGUCUGACAUCGUGUACAGUUUAAUCCAGCACAAGCUGCUCCCGGGGUGUUCAGUGCUGGUGACCACCCGCCCCACUGCGUUAAAUUUAUUAAAAAAGGCGGAGAUUAGUGUCUGGGCUGAAAUCCUGGGAUUUGUCGGUGAGGAACGGAAGGAAUAUUUCAGCAGGUGUUUUGAAGAUCAGACGGUGGCAGCAGCUGUUUUCAAACACGUGGAGGAGAACGAGAUCCUCUACACCAUGAGCUACAACCCCUCCUACUGCUGGAUCCUCGGUCUAGCACUGGGUCCUUUUUUCACACAAAGACACAGGGACACGCAGCGAGUUCCCAAGACCAUCACCCAACUAUAUUCCUACUAUAUUUACAACAUCCUGAAAAACCACAGCUGUAAGAUCGAAAGUACCCGUGAUGUGUUACUGAGGGUUGGUCAGAUGGCCUUCACAGGAGUGUCCGAGAGGAUGAUUGUGUUUACCGAUGGAGAUUUGAUCAAAUACAAUCUGCAACCUUCCCAGUUCCUGUCCGGGUUCCUGAUGGAACUUUUGGACAGCGAAGAUUCUGGCCGAAGCACAGUGUACACAUUUCCUCACCUCAUCAUCCAAGAGUUUUUAGCCGCACUCGGAGAGUUCCUGACUCCAGUUCCAGGGGAUAUCAUGGAACGCCUCACUGAAGCCCACAGAGAAGAAGAUGGGCGAUUUGAGGUGUUUCUCCGUUUUGUUGCUGGUCUUUCAUCCCCAGAGUCAGCUCGGGGGCUGGAGGAAUUACUGGGCCCAUUUCACAAUGAAACUACCUACCGAGUUAUUGACUGGAUGAAGGCGGAGGUUAAACGGCAGAUUGGAAACACAGGGAGUGAAGCCGGUAAAAGGAGCCUCCUGAACACACUGCACUACCUGUUUGAGUCUCAGAACCGUGGACUGGCUCAGGCUGCACUGGGAGCUGUGGAAACACUUUCACUCAGUGACUUUCGCCUGAAUCCCAUUGACUGCGCCGUCCUGUCUCAUGUCAUCCGGCUCUGUGAUACAAUAAAACUCCUCGAUCUGUGGAACUGCGGCAUUGAGAGUGAAGGGCUCCAGCGGCUGGGACCCGGGCUGCACAAGUGUCAGGAGCUGAGACUUGGGAGUAAUAAACUAGGAGAUUCGGGAGUGAAACUGGUGUCUGCGGCUCUGAGGGACCCGGAGUGUAAAAUACAGAGUCUGGAGCUGAAGUCUGUCGGUCUCACAGGUUCUGGUGCCGAGGAUCUCGUCUCCACUCUACGUGCAAACGGAUCGCUGAUGGAAAUUAACCUGAGUGGUAAUAAACUGGGAAAUUCAGGAGUGAAACUGGUGUCUGCGGCUCUGGGGGACCCGGCGUGUAAAAUACAGAGACUGUGGCUCGAGAAAGUCGGUCUCACAGAUUCUGGUGCCGAGGAACUCGUCUCCAUUCUCACUGCAAACAGAUCGCUGAUGGAAGUAAAUCUGUGUGGUAAUAAACUGGGAAUUUCGGGAGUGAAACUUGUGUGUGCGGCUCUGAAGGACCAGGAGUGUAAAAUACAGAGACUGGAGCUGGAUGGAGCCAGUCUUUCGCGUGAUUGGAAGGAAGAUCUCGUCUCCACUCUCAGCACAAAGGACUCAUUUAAAAAUUUGGAUCUCAAUUGUUUAGAAUUGAGAGAUUCGGGAGUGAAACUACUGUCUGAGGCUCUUAACAUCACCAAAUACAAAAUACAGAGACUGAAGUUAGGUGGUGUCGGUCUCACCUGUUCUUGUGCCGAGGAUCUCGUCUCCGCUCUCAGAACAAACCGAUCACUGACGGAGCUGGACCUUUCUUGCAAUGAACUGGGAGAUUCAGGAGUGAAACUGGCGUCUGGGACUCUAAGCGACCAGGAGUGUAAAAUACAGGGAUUGUGGCUAGGGCGUGUCGGUCUCACAGACUCUGGUGUCGAGGAUCUCGUCUCCGCUCUCAGCACAAACCGCUCACUGAUGGAGCUGGAGCUGGGUUACAACUCGCUGACAGACCGAUCUGUCCCCGCUCUCCGUCGGCUCAUUCUGACUCACCCGAGUCUGGAGUGGAUCGGAUGUCGCGUGAUCAAGCCGCCCUUCCGCACGGCGCUGUUGUUGACGGAGAUUCCUGCAUCCAUUCAGCAGCCCGUCGUUACAAUGGAGAACCGGGGAGGGGGUGGGGAGUGCGAGAACGCACCAACAAACAGGAAUGCGCUGGAGCCGCUGGAGUUGAGCAGCGGCGACAUGAACUGCCGCCCCGCCGUGCUAUCCGUCCCCUUUGUAACGCCUGCCCGCAUCGUCUUGUCCCGUGGAGUCGUCCGCUCCUCGUUCAGCGGGUAUUCCCUCCCUCGUUUAAUUCCUGUUCCAAAAAGUUCAGAGCCAAAGUCCACACUCUCUGAGCUCCUGACACAGUGGGACGAUUACCAACUGUUCCAGCUGGGAAAAUUCUACCAGCAUAGACUGGCAGAGGCGAUUGAAGAACGGGUUGAAGGACUCAGCCAACUGUUGAGAAACGAGGGACAUUUCAGUGGACCUGAACAUGAGGAUCUCAUCCACUUUUCUACUUAUGUCAUUGAUACCAGUGUGCAGAACGACCUCUGGCUGCUCACAGUCUCCAUCGAGGAUGUUCUUCAACUGCCCGGAGAUGUCAUUGACUCCGGCACCCAUGAGGCUCCGUCCCACUCUGGAGCCUUGUUCACAGCCUAUCUGUUCCCCUACCUACCGGGUUUCCCAUCACUGCAGCUGUUCCAGAAACCACCCUUCCCUGCAGAGCAUCAGAGGCCGUUGUUGAGCCACUGGCACCUGCUGCUGCUCUCCCCUGGAAGCCAUUAUCCCAACAGUCACAAAAACGGCACGCUUCUUACUGAGGGAAAGGGUCAUAGUGGAAUCCAGCCUUCCCUGCCUACUUUCACAACCUUUCCUGGUUGUGACCAAACUAUCCGUGGCAUGUACCUCCUUAGUGAUCAGCUCACUAUAACGCUCCUGUCUGUGAUGUUCUCCGCUUGCUGGAUUCUCCUCAGCGUGGUCAGUCAGGAGCUGCAGGUGGAUACACUUCCACAGGUACAGGCACCGGGGAGAGUGGACGGUCCCCUUAUCUCCUCCAUUCUGCCGGAGGAGCAUGCGAUUGCCCUGACUGCCAACACCGAACCACGAAGGCUACAGAGGAAAAAAAUCACUGAGCUGAUGGGGAAGGGAAAGCGGACAGAAGGUUCCAAGCUCUUCCUCAGUCUGGUGACGGAGAAAGGCUCCCAGACCCCGAGGGUGAUGUGGGAAUCCUUUGUGAAGAUGAGGAUGGAGUUACCCAAGUUGGACAAAAUACUAAAGGAAAUCCAGGAGUUCGGUCCGGAACCAGAGGAAUAUUUGAACAUCGCCCGAGGUUUAACUGAACUACCCACGGAACUGAAAGUGGAACACGAGCUGCUGGCAAGAGGCCGGGAGCACGAGAAGUGGAGAGAGGAACAUCUCCGGGGAGAGUUGCAGAAACUCCGGACCGCUCAGUUGUUCCAGGGCAGACUUGCCUGGAGUAAAUCCAAAUCUGGGAGCUCGGCAGCGCUGGCCGGAGUCCCGGGGAUCGGGAAAACAACCAUGGUGCAAAAGAUUGUUUAUGACUGGGCCACGGGGAAAAUAUACCAACAAUUUCAAUUUGUCUUCAGCUUUAAGUUCCGAGAUUUAAACGCGAUUAAUUGCACAAUAAACCUGUGGAACCUGAUGAUACUCACUAAAGCCCACAACAAGGAAGACGGGCGAUUUGACAUAUUUCUCCGUUUUGUGGCUGGUCUCUCCUCCCCAGGGUCAGCUCGGGGGCUGGAGAAGUUUCUGGGCCCAUUUUCGAAUCAAACAACCUGCCGAGUGAUUGACUUGGUGAAGGAGGAGGUUAAACGUCAGAUUGGAAUAACAGGGAGUGAAGCUGGUAAAAGGAGCCUCCUGAACACACUGCACUACCUGUUUGAGUCUCAGAACCAUGCACUGGCUCAGGCUGCACUGGGAGCUGUGGAAACACUUUCACUCAGUGACUUUCGCCUGAAUCCCAUUGACUGCGCCGUCCUGUCUCUUGUCAUCGGGCUCUGUGAUACAAUAAAACUCCUCGAUCUGUGUAACUGCGGCAUUGAGAGUGAAGGGCUCCAGCGGCUGGGACCCGGGCUGCACAAGUGCCAGGAGCUGAGACUCGGGAACAAUAAACUGGGAGAUUCGGGAGCAAAACUGGUGUCUGCGUCUCUGAGGGACCCGGAAUGCAAAAUACAGAAACUGAUGUUAGACGGGAUCGGUCUCACAGAUACUGGUGCCGAGGACCUCAUCUUCGCUCUUAGUACUAACCGAUCUCUGACGGAGCUGGACCUGAAUUACAAUAAACUGGGGGAUUCGGGAGUGAAGCUGGUGUUUGCAUCCUUGAGCGACCCGGAGUGUAAAAUACAGAGACUCUGGCUCGAUGAAGGCAGUGUUUGGACUUCUUGGAGCGAGGAUCCCGUCUGGGCUCUCAAUGCAAAGGACACACUGAUGGACGUGAACCUGAGCGGUAAUAAACUGGGAGAUGCAGGAGUGAAACUGCUGGCUGCGGCUCUGACAAUCACCAAGUAUGAAGUACAGAAACUGCAACUGCAGCGUGUCGGUUUCUCAGAUUCUGGUGCCGAGGAUCUCUUCUCCGCUCUUAGUACAAACCGAUCACUGACCGAGUUGGACCUGUGUUACAAUGAACUGGGAGAUUCAGGAGUGAAACUGGUGUCUGAGGAUCUGAGGGACCCGGAGUGUAAAAUACAGAAACUGAGUCUGUGCCGUGUCGGCCUCACAGAGUCUGGUGCCGAGGAUCUCGUCUCCGCUCUCAGAACAAACGGGUCACUGACGGAGCUGGACCUGGGUGACAAUGAACUAGGAGAUUCGGGAGUGAAACUGGUGUCUGCGGUUCUGAGAGACCCGGAGUGUAAAAUAAAGAGACUGGGACUGGAGAAGGUCAAUCUCACAGAUUCUGGUGCCGAAGAUCUCCUCUUCGCUCUCAGUACAAACCUCUCACUGACGGAGCUGGAUAUGAGUAGCAACUCACUCACAGACCGAUCAGUCCCCGCUCUGCGGCACCUCAUCGUGACCAACUCGAGUCUGGAGUGGAUCAGGCUGUGGGGGAAUAAAUUCAGUCGGACCGGGGAGAAGGAAUUGCGGUCUAUGCAGGAGCCCAGACCCGGAAUGAGAGUGUUCCUGUGAACACCUCAAUGAAGAAACGUCACCGCCCGCGGGCUGGGAGUAUUUUUAGCCGAUUUCCCGACUUCCUCUUUAAACGUCCGCGGUCCGGGCUUAGACACCAACGGUUCCCAGCUCGGUCUGGGGACAGUGUGACGUCAGAAGUGGUCCUGCUGUCAGGUGACCCAUUCCCCCCACCCCCUCCGUCCGCAGGAGAAGCUGCGGUCGGAUAUUCGGGUCGGAUGUCCCCCACUGGAGCCAGGGAAAUUAGCCAGGAAGAGCCGAGUUUGGGGCUCAUUCUGGGACACUAACUGUCACACUGUAUCUCCAGGAGUGGGUUAUCCCGGCACACCGGCCUUUUAAACACGUUGUUGAGGGCGGAGAAGCUGGAAUUUUUACUGCAGUCAUUAAGCAUCCUGUCGAUAGAAUGUUAAUGUAUGAAAUAUCUCCAUAGUUGCUCUUGGAUCUGCGGCGAUCUCGGACGCUGCACUGAGGGGACCCCCUGAUGUACAAUAACUGUGAUAAACGGGAAUGAUUAUUAACUGGUCAUUCCGUGCCGCGGCGUCUGUUAACUGUGUUCAGAGAAUUGCAAGUUUUGCUGUCCACGGUCUAUUUUGUAUGCAAAUUAUAACUUCCCACUGUCUCCGUUACAACAACGGCCGUGAGAUCAGAAAAUGUUGGUCGGGUGCCCGGGAGCUACAUGUGAAGAAUGGGCAGAACCUGCGCUUCCAGAGCCUGUCAGCCUCUACCUCUCCCAAACCCCGGUCACUCUCCACCUGGUGAGGAAAGAGUGCUGGGUGUUCCUCCCGGGAGAAAAAAGAAAACCCCACCACCGCAGCUCUCUCGUCAGUCACCGCCCUCAAAAUCUCCCACCUCUCCUGGGAUUUAGCUUUUACCGGUGCAAGCAGCAAAAUACAAACUCAAGCCUCUCUGGAUAAAGCCGUUUCUUCAAAUUACCUAAUUAUCUCCAGAACAGAGAACCGAUUACAGAUAAACAGGCUUUAAGGUUACAUUGACUUUGCUUCAGGAAUGUCACAUUUGCUUUGAUUUAUGUUCAGGUAACAUGUACAGAGAUAUAAUGAGAUUAUUUGGUUUUGCGCGCCACCCGCACAGCUCACGCCAGAAAUAAUUACAUUGAUGUUGUCGAAUGAAAAUUGCAUGGGCAAUAUAAUGUUGCAGUUCCGGAUUAAGUGCAGUGCAGUUAGACAAUGUGCAAGUGCACGACGAGGUACAUUUGGAGAUCAAGAGUUCAUCUUUAAGCGUUUGAGAGGUUCGUUCAAGGGUCUGAAAACAGCGGGAGAGAAGCUGCCCUUGCGCCUGUACUUCUAUAUUUUUGUGUUUUUAUUUUCUUUUUGUUUAUCUCCUGCCCAAAGAGAGAGGGGAGAAGACAGA